CAGCACAUAUCUGAACAAGAAACUAUUUACUCUCAGUUUUAACCUCACAUCUACCGCAGUCACAAUGAAGACCGCUCUUAUCGCCGCAACCAUCUCCUCCAUCGCUGCCUUCGCCAGUGCCAAUCCCGUUGAGAACAGGGCAUUCCAAGUCGCCAUCACCUUCUGGGGCGCCGACGGUUCCUCUUACGGCCAGAACUUCCCAGCUGAUUCCAGCUCCCAUGCUAUCACCAACACGCUGUCCGUGACCAAUAUCUCCUCGGCUGGAGGCGGCUUCUGCAACUUCCACGGUGUUGACGGAAGCAGCACCGUGGUGAUUGGUGAGGAGAAGGUUCCUGUUAGCCCUCCACAGGCGCAGAUCCGGGGUUCUUGCGAUAUUCUUUAAAUGUUGAGGGACGCGCGUUCGCAGCUUGAACUAUGAUUAUGAGAUGCGGGUGGUUGGCUAGAGGAAGCUUUGCCUAGCAGAUUGAGGAGAUCGAUGACUUACGGGCUGUAUUAGAUCGUAUAUUUCGGUCAUGGGUUUGGUUUUGGCUGCUUCGUCAACGUCAAUUACUAUGAGCAUUUGCUAAAUCGCG